GUCAUACCAUAUUUUUCCUGUACUACACUGAAAAUGGCCUUCGCCAUGUUUUUCUCUUCCCCUGUUUUCCCUGCCUUUGCCCCUCCAAAGCUACUCCGACUCCGUCCCUUCUCCAGCUCUUUUUCCGGCAAGCAAUUUCUCUGUCCGGCAGCUCCUCUACCUCCGAUCGUCACUCACAGGAAGAAGAAGGUGGGCCCGUUGCCAGUUACGAUGAGCAUGAAAUUCCCGAUCCCGGAGGUUAUCGAGACUGAGGACGCCAUUGUUGCUCUGAUCAGUGUCCCUGGGGUGGUCUCGCUGGAUGACGUCAAGUACUUGGUCAUGGGUGACAAAUUGGCGAUUUGCGCAGAGUCUUCGGCGCUUGACACUGAUUCCCGCGCCAAAUUGGGGUUCAUAACGUACUCUGCUAUCUUGGAGCUGAACGGUGCAGAUCGUCAGAUGCAGAAAUUUUUAGGACAUAUAUGCCUGAGGAACGUACAUCACCGAAAGAAAUCUAGCUGGCUCUUAGUGGCUUCCACGGUGGAGCAUCUGAAGGCCGAGCAAGCUCGCGGCGGCUUUUGCAGUGGCGAUGAUGUGAGCCUGAAUUUCAGGCAGAAAGGUAGAAGAAAAGCCAAGGCUUCUAUAUGA